CUUACGGAAAAACAAAAGCAAUCCUUUUUUCCCAUAUUUUGUUCUCUCUUUGCACCAAUCAAAUUACAGUCACACAAGAACACUUUCUUCUCCGUAACAUCACCUCCGUUUCUAGGGUUUAUCGCCAUUCCAUCUAACCCUCUCUUCCUCCUCAAUCGAAUCUCUUCUGCCUAUGCUCUUCGCCAUCUACAAUGUUGGAAUUCAUUUGGAUGAUUAGAUAUGGUUUCUCACUACUGAGAAUCUAGAAAUGUUGAAUUGUGAAGUAAGAUGAGUAAGCGUGAGAUGUCGAAGGUGAAGCAGUCGCCGGUUCCUUUGGCUACCUUGAUUGGCCGUGAGCUUCGGAAUGGGAAAGUUGAAAAUCCUUUUGUGAAGUAUGGACAAGCUGGAUUGGCUAAGAAAGGAGAGGAUUACUUUCUGAUUAAAACAGAUUGCCACAGGGUUCCCGGGGAUCCAUCGACUGCGUUUUCUGUCUUUGCGGUUUUUGAUGGGCAUAACGGUAUAUCAGCUGCUAUUUAUGCAAAAGAGAACUUGCUUAAUAAUGUUGUGAGUGCAAUACCGCAAGAUAUCAGCAGGGAUGCAUGGCUACAGGCCCUGCCUCGCGCUCUAGUUGUUGGUUUUGUGAAGACUGACACAGAGUUUCAGAAGAAGGGGGAAACCUCUGGAACAACAGUUACAUUUGUUCUUGUUGAUGGGUGGACUGUCACUGUUGCAUCUGUUGGUGAUUCCCGUUGCAUAUUAGAUACUCAGGGAGGUGUAGUUUCUCUCCUGACAGUUGAUCACAGACUUGAAGAGAAUGUAGAAGAGAGGGAACGUGUUACUGCCAGUGGUGGCGAAGUAGGAAGACUCAAUGUAUUUGGGGGAAAUGCGGUAGGACCUCUUCGCUGCUGGCCUGGUGGACUUUGCCUAUCUAGAUCAAUAGGUGACACAGAUGUGGGAGAGUAUAUUGUGCCAAUACCACAUGUUAAACAAGUGAAACUUUCAAAUGCUGGUGGAAGACUUAUUAUAGCCUCUGAUGGUAUUUGGGAUACUAUAUCGAAUGAUACAGCCGCCAUGUCAUGCCGGGGUCUACCUGCAGAACUUGCUGCUAAGCUAGUAGUUAAGGAAGCUCUAAGAUCUAGAGGCUUGAAGGAUGAUACAACCUGCCUUGUAGUAGAUAUUAUUCCUUCUGACCACCCUGUAUUACCACCAACUCCAAGAAAGAAACAUAAUAUGCUAACAUCGCUUUUCUUUGGAAAGAAAUCUGAGAACUCUACAAACAAAGCUACGAGCAAGCUUUCUGCAGUUGGUGUUGUGGAGGAGUUAUUUGAAGAGGGUUCUGCAAUGCUUAUAGAAAGGCUUGGUAAGGACUUUCCAUUUAAUAAGAAUUCGGAGAUUUUCCGAUGUGCAAUUUGUCAAGUGGAUCAACCCCCUGGGAAUGGUCUAUCAGUGAACUCUGGACCUUUCUUUUCUCCAGCAUCUAAGCCAUGGGAAGGCCCAUUUCUCUGCACAAACUGUCGAAAGAAAAAAGAUGCCAUGGAAGGAAAGAGGCCCAGCACACAUGCUGUUACAGCACAGUAAUCAUCUAAUAUUAUGGUUUCAUAGUAAAUAUUUGUAAAAUUUUCUCUGGCGGUGUGAGUAUGCUUGAUUUUACAUAUUCGGUGGUGAUUGUCAUAGAUGUGCAAGAAAUGAGUUUAAGAUAGGUGUAGUAAGUGUUUUUUGAAGUUGUAACAAACUUGAUUCGCUCAGCUGCUGGACUGACUGAUAGAACAAACGCGGUGUCUAGUAGUAGAUAGGUGAUUUGUGCUAACGGCUUGUAUUUGUAAGUAAACUGAAGUUAUGGUUACUUCUCCCAUUUUGAGACUAGAGGAAGUCUCAAAUGUUUCUGAAGAUCAAGAUUAUGUGAUCUUAUUGACCCUCUCUUCUACCACAAAAUAGUCUAUGAAUGUGAAAAUUGUUGAUCAAGUUAGUUCUUUUGUUACUCAUUGUUGUCAAGAAGGUUUGUGAACGCAUUGCUGCCAGGGCAUGGACAUUACAAUGAUAAAUAAAAAGUAGAGGGUUCCCUCAUCUUUUGCUU